AUGGUCCCAGUUCCUCCCAGUCAUGCCCUGUAUGGUUCCUUUCGAUCUCAGUCCCUCCCGAUGCUGACGGGGAUCGGGGGCUCCAUGUUGGGCUUCGUCUUCCUGGCACUGGUGCUCGGCUUCUGCCUGCACAAGAAGCCCGCGAAGAAGAAAGGAGUGAAGAACACCAGCGACACGGGACUUCUGACUCCAGAGAGGAACCAAAGCAGGAGCGGUUCCAGGACUCUCUCGCGCCCGCUCGCAGGGGGAGCGUGUACCCGGGGCCGAAAGAGAAAGCUCGCCAAAAGACGUGGAACCCUUGGAGGGAAGGUGCAAGGGGACACCGCAACGGAUCGCGAAAGGGGCGAGUCGAGAAGAGAGAAGGAGUCCUCGGCAAGUCUUCAAUUCAUCGACACCUGCUACCCAACCAGCUGUGGGAGUCGUGUUUUCCGUUUCUUCUUCCGAGCUUCUUCUUCUUCCGAUGCUGCCUUGUGCGUCCUCGGAAAUGCACACCGCAACAGGAAGAACUUCAGCCAGAGCUUCAACCUGAUCCGACACCAGCUGAUCCACAGUGGGGAACGGCCCUAUGAGUGUGGGGAGUGUGGGAACAGCUUCAGCCAGAGCUCACACCUGUCUCAGCACCAGAGGAUCCACACUGGGGAAAAGCCCUAUGGGUGCCUGGAAUGUGGGAAGAGUUUUAGACGGAAGUCUGACUUCGACAACCACCACAAGAUUCACACUGGGGAAUGGCCCUAUGAGUGUGAGGAAUGUGGGAAAAGCUUCCACCGGAGCUCCAGCCUCAUCUGGCACCAGACAAUCCACACUGGGGAACGGCCCUACGAGUGCCGGGAAUGUGGGCAGCAUUUUAAUCGCAACUCCCACCUUGUCAGGCACCGACGCAUCCACACUGGGGAACGGCCCUACAAGUGCUUGGAAUGUGGGAAGACAUUUAGACGGAGCUCCAGCCUCAACAUCCACCAGCGCAGCCACAGCAGGGAGAGGCCCUACAAGUGUCCUGAGUGUGGGAAGCAGUUUCAGACCAGCACAAAACUCCUCCAACAUCAACCAACACAUGGAGAGGAGAGGCCCUUCCGCUGCCCCGACUGCAGGAAGGGCUUCACCCCCAAGUCCCACCUCGUCAGCCAUCAGCGCAUCCACACCCGGGAACGGCCCUACAAGUGCUUGGAGUGUGGGAAGAGCUUCAGCACCAGCUCCGACCUGAUCCAGCACCAGAACAUUCACACUGGGGAAUGGCCCUAUAAGUGUGGGGAAUGUGGGAAGAGGUUCCACCGGAACUCCAACCUCAGAAAGCACCUCAAGAUCCAGACUGGGGAACGGCCCUACAAGUGUGGGGAAUGUGGGGACAGCUUCAGACAGAGGUCCCACCUCAUCAGCCACCAGAAUAUCCACAACAGCAAACGGGAACAGCCCUACAGGUGUGGGGAAUGUGGGAAGAACUUCAGCCAGAGGUCCCACCUCAUCAGCCACCAGAAUAUCCACAAUGGUAAACAGGAAUGGCCCUAUGAGUGCUUGGAAUGUGGGAAGAGCUUCAGCAAUAACUCUGACCUCACUAAGCACAAGAGGAUCCACACUGAAGAGCGACCCUAUGAAUGUGGGGAAUGUGGGAAGAGCUUCAGGCAGAGUUCCAACCUCGUCCGCCACCAAACAAUCCACACCAGGGAACGGCCCUACAGGUGCUUGGAAUGUGGGAAGGGCUUUAAGCACAACUCCCACCUUAUCAGGCACCGGCAUAUCAACACCAGGGAGAGGCCCUAAGAGUGUCCUGAGUGUGGGAAGAGCUCCUCUGGGAGCUCUCUGACCCAACACCAACAGAGGCACCACUAAGGGAAACCCUGCAAAUGACUGCAGUGUGGGAAGAUCUUCAUGUGCUGCCCCACCUCCAUCCCCCAUGAGAGCAUCUGUGUUGGAUUAUCCCCAGUGACCCCUGGUGGGCAGUGUCCUGGUGAUCCGUGGUUGUGGUCAUCCUGUUGUGUGGGGGGAAAGUGUUGGAGAGAUUUCUUUCCCUUCUGCUUCUCCUGCUGCGAUUCCCUUUGUAAUAAACUCCCUCCCUGUGGCCAGGCUGGGUCUGUUGUACCCAUGCCAUUGCUUGGUGAGGGAUCUCUCCCCAUCUUAUUCCAAACCAGGAACUCUUUGUUAAAUUGUCUCUCCUCUGUGCACCUGCAGGGGGCAGGGACAGAGUGGCUUUGGUGGGUGCCUGUUAUCAGGCCAGUGUCACCCCACACCAUGGGCACCCCUGAGAUCCCAGUGUGGUGGUGCAUUCCCCCUUCCUCCUUUCCAGGCUGCAGUGUGAUCUGAGAAAUGCUUGUUUGGUCUUAUUUUUGAAAAUAGCACCUGUGGUCAGCUUUUUCCAAGCUUAUCAGAAAUACUGUCUGCUCCCAGGAAUUGAUAAAAGGCUCCUGUUUUCCUUAUGAGCAGCCUUGGAAAAUAUUCCUCUUUUCUGAAUGGCACAACAUUCCUGUUCUCACACUUUUAGAGAAAGUGCUGACCCAAACUGUGGCCAGAUUGAAACAUGGUUAUGACCGAAGCCCUCUCUCUUGUGACCCCAUCAGUAGUGGUCCAAAAGGAAACCCUUUGAGCUUUCCUGGGCCACUGUGGGCUGUGACCAGCAAUGUCCCUCUGAGGGGGCCUCUCAGAGCCAGCAAACACUUGGGUUUGCUGUGCCUGGAGGGUCUCUGAAACACGAUGUGUCUUGGGCCAAUACCCUCACUCCUCAGGGCCCGAUCCUUCCCUCGGCAGGAGAUGCAAAAACACCUGAAGUGAGGAUUUCACUGACCUCUGAGGGGAAUUUUUCACAGGUACCUUGCUUGCACUGAUUGUUUCUGUCUGUGUGUGUGCCCCUGCACAUAUGCUAUAGCAAAUCUGGGAGAAAUACUGCUUCCUUAGAUGUGGAAGUACCUUUGUGUUACAGGUUGACACAGUUUAGUUUUUAGUUAAAGUAGAAAUAAUUCCCUGUCAGGACCUGGUGAUUGUUUUCAAGACAGAGACCUAUCAGAGUCCAUUUUUAAAUAUUGACGUGUUGUUAGACCAUUGGGGAAGCUGGAUACGACUUUGAGGAAUACCCAUAUAAAAUUCGAGGGAGGGCAAGUCGGCCUUUUUCCUCCCGACCACUUGAACAGGUAACACUGAGCCGGGCUGUUCUUUUAGGAUGGCCUAGCCUGGCCCAGCCCAUCCCUGCUGCUCCCUUCCCCUUGGGGGCUGUCAGCUCAGGCCUGGCCGUGCCUCUGGGCCCCGGGCAGGCGCUGGCCCCUGAUAACACCUCUGGGCACAGCUGGGCCAAGCCCACCUGGAUCGCCACCGUGGGAUGGGCAAGGACCCCCCUCCCCCUUCCCCCUCCUCUGGUGACCCCUGGGCUGAGAGGGAAAGUGGGGGGAGAGAAAAAAGCCCAGCCUCUUCAGAGUGACUGCUCACAUUGACCACAGCAGACCUGGCCAGAUUUAACCCUUCCUUGGCAAGAUGGAGCUUUCAGAACUCCAACCCUUUCCCUGAGAGAGAGAGAAGAAAGACAGAGUGAUUUAACACUAGAGAGACAGCAUGAUAUGACAUCAGCGAAACAACUGAUAAAGAUUAUUGGAAGGAGGGAUUGAGGAAGUAGACAUUUCUGACUGGACUUCUCUAGAUAUAAACCAUAGAAACUGGACUAACAUAUCUCUUCAAAUCAUGGGAAGAUAUGCAUUUAGAGAGAUGUUGUGUGUAAAUUUUGAACAAAGGUAUGUGUGAUGGAUGAAGUGAUAUUGAUCUUAUGAGAUGCUUGAAGAGAUAAAGAUAAGUUCAUUGUGCUGAUGAAGAAGUGAGAAGAGGUCUCUGUUCCCUCAGCACUGCCUCACUCAGGGACACCCGGGGGCACCGAGCGCAGCCUAGGUGCCUUUGCAGGGCACAGGGAGCUGAGUGGGGCAGGGGCACCACGGAAACACCGAGUGCCUGCCCAGGCACAGCCGGGGGAAAUCUGCGCCGGAAAGCCAGGAGAAGCUGCUCACAGCUGGCCUGGGGACUUGGGCACCUGCGGAACAGAGCCCGGCUCUGAGAUGACACUGAGCCCAACACCUGAGAAAUGACAGCACGUUGUUCUAGACACAUUUCCUUAUUCUGUAGUUUCAACCUGUUUUUAUGAGGGAACAUUUUCAAUGCUCAAUUAUUUUUUUACCCCUUAGAAAGAAUCCUGUUGUGUUUUGUUAUGUGUGAGAGGGAUGGGCUGGGAAAGGUGGUGGGUAAUGGAAUUUUUUAUUCAAUAUAUUUCCAAAUCUGAGAUGUGACAAGUCCAGACUUUGACUCUAAUAGCAGUGUCUGGUUCCAGACUGCUCUGCUCUUCACAGUGAGAUCCCAGUUUCUUCAAAUCUGGCAGUCAAAGCCCUUGAAACACAGAAAAGCUGGGAAUCAGGUUAAAGCCUGUGGAGAUUUGCUCUGUCUGUACAUUCCACAUCUCCCCUGGUGUCUGUUCAGCCUCCCCACUCCUGUCCUACGUGCACAUUGCUGUAUGCAGAGUUCAGUACAUGCUUUUAGAGAUAGAUAGAUAGAUAGAUAGAUAGAUAGAUAGAUAGAUAGAUAGAUAGAUAGAUAGAAGUGAUUAUUGUACAUACAAUUCUCUUGGAGUGAGUUAUUGUGAUGGUACAUUCCAUGAUCCUCUGCUUUGUUGCCAAAGAAUGGUUAUUGCAUCUUUAACCACGGCAGCCCGGGACAGGACCUGUGUGGGGCCGGAGAGCCAGAGGCUCCUUGUUUGCUGCGUGGGUGUUUUGAAGCCUCCCUGCUCGGGUUUUCCGUGGCUUUCUCUGUGCACCCACAGUUUUUUGUUUGGCUGAAAAGCGUUUUUGGCCCAGGCAAACAAAGGAUUUUUCCCCUUUCCUUGGUUUGGAGAGGCUGCAGUGGUGAGCCUUGGAGUGCCUGGAGGCAAACUGAGCAGCGGCUCUGUCGGAGCGCGGGGGCUCCGCGCUGGCAGGAGGGGAGCAGUGCCGCUGCAGCCCAAAGCUGCUGCGAGCUGGGCCGAGCUGGGAGAGAAAACACCCCGAGGCUUCAGCCCCGCUGCUCCACCUGCCAGGACCCUGCCCGCGGAACCCAGCUGGGGAGGAGUUCAACGCCGGGUGAACCCCGGGCUUUAAUCUCCUUUGGGAUAGUCCCUGGUUGGUUUUUCCCCUGGGAGAGAAGCUGGCACCGCCUGUGCCGUGGGUCAUGAGCGGGGAUUUUCUCUGGCAUUUUGGGUCUUUUGUCCCAGGGUGUGGGGGGGGGGGGUAAAGUCUGACAAUUUAAUAUCUCCUAGUUAUUUACUUUUUUCUUUCUUGCCUUGUGGGCAUUUUGUUUGUUAACAAACCGUUUGAGGGGUUUUUCACUUUCAUCUAUUAACAUUCAUUUCCUAGUGGUGGAAAGGGAUUAUUGGAACCCUGUAGAGAAGAUGACGCUCACUCCAGAGUGUCCUCUUUAAAUUGUCUCUCAAACUGAAAUACUCUACAAGUGCUUGGAAUGUGGAUCGAGCUCCAGCCACAGCUCCCGCCUGAUCUGGCACCAGGAGAUCCAAACUAAGGAACGUCGCUGCUGAUGCUUGGAAUGUGGGAAGAGCUUCAGCAAGAACUCCCAGGGCAUCAAGAACCACGGGAUCUACACCAGGGACAGGCCCUACGAGUGUGGGCAGUGUGGAUGCUGAAAACCUGAUCAGAGAGAGAAAUUAGGCAGCAGCAGCAGCAGAGUCUGUGUGAAAUUAAGUCACAUAGCAUUCUCACACUGGCCUGGGAAAGUGAGGAGAAUCAAAAACAAUCCUUGAAAAACUAUUAGCAAGUGGUGUUUUUCUAACUAGUUAUUUACUUGGAUAAAACAGUCAAGGAGUGUUGUUCUGAAUGUUCAAUCAUCUCUCUUUCUCAAAAUUGUCUGUAAAAGAACAGAGAAACAAUAAAGAUUGGCUCUCUUUGCCUUCUGAGAAUGGAGAGUCCGUGUCGUUGUUUUCUGCCAUCCCUAAUCAGACAACAACAGGGCAGUGUGGGAAGGGCUUCUCACAGAGCUCUCACUUGACCCAACACCAACGGAGGCACUGUUGAGGGAAGCGGGAAGAGCUCCGUGCGCUGCUCCAGCUUCAUCCCCCAUGGGAGGAUUGAUGUUGAAUGCUCCACAAUGACCCCGUUGGGCAGAGCCUUGGUGAUCCAUGGUCCUGGCGAUUCCUGUUGGGUGUGG